AUGCCAUCCGCAACAAAAACGCCACUUUAUGAGCCCGAGGAAGUCCCGCGCAUAAAAAACGCGAAACGGCUUACCAAGACGCGCACAAAGCAGCUUGUCAAGGCCGCGUCGCGGGACGGGGAUGACCCGCCUCCGAAACCGGGGCUGGGGGAGUGCUGUGGGAGUUCGUGCGACCCGUGUGUUAAUGAUCUUUGGAGGGAGGAGUUGGCUUGUUGGAGGGAGAGAUGGGGGGUUGACGCGGAGGGUAAAAGCGCUGGUGGGGAUGGGAAGGACGUCACGGAAGCCAAAGAGGUGAAGCAAGUGAAGAAAAUGCCAGGAAGUUUUGACUGGUAG